AUGACAGCAGGAUAUGAAACAACAUCGACUGCUUUGGUCUGUGCAACUUAUGAACUUGCCACACAUCCAGAAGUUACCUACAAACUUCAAGCUGAAAUUGAUCAACUUCCAUUAGACAAUGAUGAUAGGUCUGAGGAGGAAACGAAAAAGUAUCCCGUUUAUGAUAUAGUCGCGCAGAUGCCUUAUAUGGACAUGUUCGUUUCCGAGAUCUUAAGAAUGUAUCCUAUUGCAAAUACAGUGGUUCAAAGACGUGCCUCCGAAGAUACAGUCGUACAAGGAAUUCAAAUUGGAAAAGCAUAUGACGAUCAACAACGAGAUGCUAACUUAAUGACUGAUUCAUUCGGACGAAAAGAUCGUCUUUUAUGUAUAACAUGUAACUUUCCGUUAGGUGAUAAUGUCGCUCUAGUGUUAGAAGAUAUUGAAUUAUAUAAGGUCUCUAAAAGCAACAGUAUAUGGAAAGAGGGUGCUAAAGCCAUUGCAGAAGCACUGAAAAUAAGUUCAACAUUAACAAGUCUGGAUAUGGGUCAUAGCAGUACAUCGGAAGAGGGCGCCAAAGCUCUUGUAGAAGAAUUAAAAAUGAAUUUAACGUUAACAACUCUCGCUAUUGGAAUCCACACUAUAACGAAAGAAGUAGUUCAAGCAGUUGAAGAAGCAUUGGAAAUAAACACAACAUUAAGAAGUCUUUUUAUUGAUACGGUCAGCGAUAUGCAAUCUGAUCAGGUCGCAGCACUUAAAGAAAUGUUGAGGAUGAACGCAAGAUUAACUACUACUUAUGUCACAUGA